GCUCGCUGUCGACGUCACAGAACAACGGCUGAAUCCUCAAAACAAGUCUCUGUUGGACUGAUUGUGCACUACCUAGGGCGUAGAAUUAAAGUAUUUCAUUCUCUAGGAAGUGCGCGUUUAUAGGGAGCAGGGGUGCUUUUUGUAAUUCAGCCAACGGACUACUGGUUUUGAGUAGAGUUGCCCAGUAGAGAGAGCUGUCUCUGUCUGCAGCCUGUUUUUCCUCUCUGCUGUCUCUUACUCAAAGCGGAUAUUGUAAAGUAGACUGAGAGACACAGAGAGAAAACAUCAGACGGAGUUGUCGUGCCAAUCUGGGCGAACGGAUCUCCCUUCCCGGCCUGGCCAUGGACGAACAGGCGGGCCCCGGUGUGUUUUUUAACAAUAACAAUAACUCGGCUUUGGGUGGCGGAGCAAAAGGAGUCCAGCAGCCGGGCGACGGAGGCGGAGAGGCGGUGAGGGCGCAGUAUAAUAUCCCGGGGAUCCUGCACUUUCUGCAGCACGAAUGGGCCCGUUUCGAGGUGGAGAGAGCGCAGUGGGAUGUGGAACGGGCCGAAUUACAGGCUCAGAUUGCCUUCCUACAGGGUGAGCGGAAAGGCCAGGAGAACCUGAAGAAGGAUUUGGUGAGGAGGAUCAAGAUGCUGGAGUACGCUCUGAAGCAGGAAAGGGCAAAAUACCACAAGCUGAAGUAUGGGACUGAACUCCUGCAGGGAGACAUGAAAGCACCAAGCUAUGAUUCAGAUGAUGGCAAUGAGAACGAGGCUCUUCCAGAACCACCUAACAGCCAGCUGAGCUGGAAACAAGGAAGACAGCUUCUGAGGCAGUACCUCCAGGAGGUGGGCUACACGGACACUAUCCUGGAUGUGAAGUCUCAGAGGGUGAAGGCGUUACUGGGACUGACGGGAGACAGUGUGGAGCGAGCUGGAGAACGGAGGACAGAGCCCAUGGUGAAUGGCACGGAGCCUUCAUCUCUGAAGGAAAGCACCACCAACAUGAUGGGGAAACCGGAAACGUCUGACUCCGCAACGGUUCUGGAGGCCUUCAAGUUCAUUGAGAGCGCGGCCGCAGAGUUCAGCGAUGAGGAGGAUGACGAAGACAGUGACGGCAGGGAGAAGACCAUCAUUGACUUGGCAACAAUGAUGAGAAAGAAGGUGUCCCCAUCUCCUUCCUCUUCCUCCUCCUCGGCUGAUCUGAGUGAUGACCCGGACACCGAGGAAGCUCUGAAGGGGUUUGACUUCCUGGCCAGCAGUGAGGACAUGGAGGGCUCGCCAGAAUCGCCCUCCACCGGAGACGUGACUGAUUGGGAAAAGGAGCCAAACGCCAUGACCGAGGCCUGGGAGGUGGACCAAAGCCUGAUCUCGAAACUCAAGGAGCAGUACAGGAAGGAGCGCAAGGGCAAAAAGGGGGUGAAGAGGCCGAACAGGUCUAAACUGCAGGACAUGCUGGCUAAUCUGAGAGAGGCAGAGGAUCUUCCCUCCAUGCAGCCCCCUGUGGCUCCUCCUGCCAGACCCAGCUUACCCCGACUCAACGAGCAUGAUCUCGGCCGUGCUGAUGAAGUGGAAGCUCUUACGUUCCCUCCAUCCACUGGUAAAUCGUUUAUAAUGGGAGCGGAUGAGGCUCUGGAGAAUGAGCUGGGACUGGGAGAGUUGGCUGGACUCACUGUAGCUAAUGAAGCUGAGAGUCUGGCCUACGAUAUCACCAACAACAAAGACGCUCUGAGGAAGACGUGGAACCCCAAGUUCACCCUGAGGAGCCAUUUUGACUCCAUCCGCAGUCUGGCAUUCCACCCUCAAGAGCCGGUACUAGUCACCGCUUCGGAGGAUCACACGCUGAAGAUGUGGAACCUGCAGAAAACGGCUCCUGCCAAAAAAUGUGCUGCUCUCGAUGUGGAGCCCAUUUACACAUUCCGAGCUCACAGGGGUGCAGUUCUGUGUGUGGUGAUGAGCAGUAACGGAGAGCAGUGCUUCAGUGGAGGAGUGGACGGUACCAUUCAGAGCUGGAACACUCCUAAUCCCAAUAUUGACCCCUACGAUUCAUAUGAGCCAUCUGUGCUGAGGGGGGCGCUGUGUGGUCACGCUGAUUCAGUGUGGGGUUUAGUCUACAGCUCAGCCCACCAGCGGCUGCUGUCCUGUUCGGCAGACGGGACUGUGCGACUUUGGGAUGCUGCAGACACCUCACCCGCCCUUGCCAUCUUUAACGAGGACACAGAUCUGGGCAUCCCGUCCUCUGUGGAUCUGGUGUGUAGUGAGCCAGCUCACAUGGUGACAGCCUUUAGUAACGGCAGGACAGGAAUCUUCAAUAUGGAGACGCGGCAGCUGGUGCUGGAGCUGGAGUCUCAGAACGCAGGGGAGCCAGAUGCCCCUCGUCAGAUCAACAAAGUGCUGAGCCACCCGACACUGCCCAUCACCAUCACGGCACAGGAAGACCGCCACAUCCGCUUCUUCGACAACAACACAGGAAAACUUAUUCACUCCAUGGUGGCUCAUCUGGACGCUGUGACCAGCUU